GCUUUAUUUUUCAAUUCUUCCUGGUCCCGAUUUUGCAUUUCUAAUGAAAGUGGACUGACAAAGCGUGAAAGUGGUCUAAGGAGCAAAACAAAGCCAGCAAGCAUGCUUCGGGUGUGCCAAGAUUCAUCAAUAUUCCAGAAACCUCGGGGUUCCCCCCUCCUGCCCCGCGCUGUUUUCAUUCCCCACUCCUCCUUUCCCGGACAUAGACUCCUCCCCUUUUCUUAAGUUGCCCCGAUAGUAACUUGCAGUUUCAGAGCCACAUGCAUAUUGUCAGGGCUAGCCUGCCUCGCUCACGGCGUAUUGCUCCUCCGUUGUACCUGCUGGGGAAUUCACCUUGUCAUUGCUUGGUAUCUUCCCACACUUACAAAAUCAGAAAAGUUGUAUUUUCUAACACCAAAGAGGAGGUUUGGCUACCUAAGGGUGAUUCCAAGACACUGAAGCACAAAGAAGAGACACUCCUAGAAAAGUAAAAUAUGACUAAAAGCAAUGGAGAUGAGCCCAAGAUGGGGGGCAGGAUGGAGCGAUUCCAGCAAGGAGUCCGUAAACGCACCCUUUUGGCCAAGAAGAAAGUGCAGAAUAUCACAAAGGAGGAUGUUAAAAGUUACCUGUUUCGGAAUGCUUUUGUGCUUCUCACUGUCACCGCUGUCAUUGUGGGUACAAUCCUUGGAUUUGCGCUCCGACCGUACAGAAUGAGCUACCGGGAAGUCAAGUACUUCGCCUUUCCUGGGGAACUUCUGAUGAGGAUGUUGCAGAUGCUGGUUUUACCACUUAUCAUCUCCAGUCUUGUCACAGGAAUGGCGGCCCUAGAUAGUAAGGCAUCAGGGAAGAUGGGAAUGCGAGCUGUAGUCUAUUACAUGACUACCACCAUCAUUGCCGUGGUGAUUGGCAUAAUCAUUGUCAUCAUCAUCCAUCCUGGGAAAGGCACAAAGGAAAACAUGCACAGAGAAGGCAAAAUUGUACGAGUGACAGCAGCAGAUGCCUUCCUGGACUUGAUCAGGAACAUGUUCCCUCCGAAUCUAGUGGAAGCCUGCUUUAAACAGUUUAAAACCAGCUAUGAGAAGAGAAGCUUUAAAGUGCCUGUCCCAGCCAAUGAAACGCUUGUGGGUGCUGUGAUAAACAAUGUGUCUGAGGCCAUGGAGACUCUAACACGGAUCACAGAGGAGAUGAUCCCAGUUCCAGGAUCCGUGAAUGGGGUCAAUGCUCUCGGACUCGUUGUCUUCUCCAUGUGCUUUGGUUUUGUGAUUGGAAACAUGAAGGAGCAGGGGCAAGCCCUGAGAGACUUCUUUGAUUCUCUUAACGAAGCCAUCAUGAGAUUAGUAGCAGUGAUCAUGUGGUAUGCCCCUCUGGGCAUCCUCUUCCUCAUUGCUGGGAAAAUUGUUGAGAUGGAAGACAUGGGCGUGAUUGGGGGGCAGCUUGCCAUGUACACGGUGACCGUCAUUGUCGGCUUGCUUAUUCAUGCAGUCAUCGUCCUGCCCCUCCUCUACUUCUUGGUAACACGAAAAAACCCUUGGGUUUUCAUUGGAGGGUUGCUGCAAGCACUCAUCACGGCCCUGGGGACCUCUUCAAGUUCUGCCACCCUACCCAUCACCUUCAAGUGCCUAGAAGAGAACAAUGGCGUGGACAAACGCAUCACCAGAUUCGUGCUCCCAGUAGGGGCCACCAUUAACAUGGAUGGGACCGCUCUCUAUGAGGCUCUGGCUGCCAUUUUCAUUGCUCAAGUUAACAACUUUGAACUGAACUUUGGACAAAUUAUCACGAUCAGCAUCACAGCCACGGCUGCCAGUAUUGGGGCAGCUGGAAUUCCUCAGGCAGGCCUCGUCACCAUGGUCAUUGUGCUGACUUCUGUGGGGCUGCCCACUGAUGACAUCACUCUCAUCAUCGCAGUGGACUGGUUCCUGGACCGCCUUCGAACCACCACCAACGUGCUGGGAGACUCCCUCGGAGCCGGGAUUGUAGAACACUUGUCACGACAUGAACUGAAGAACCGAGAUGUUGAAAUGGGUAACUCGGUGAUUGAAGAGAAUGAAAUGAAGAAGCCAUAUCAGCUGAUUGCUCAGGACAGUGAAACUGAGAAACCCAUCGACAGUGAGACCAAGAUGUAAACUAACAUAAAGAAAUGCUUUCUUGAGCACCGGGUGUUUAAAAACCAUUAUAAAAUGUUUCCAUCUCAUUCUCUCCAGCAAGCCCCUUAUCUCCCUUUACCUCCCUACUCUAAUAGCAUUGGAAAGUAGUCAUUCAAAAAACAUGGGAGGACUUUGCAGUGGCCAAAAUGUGUCAUUUUCAUCUACAUUUGAAAUGUUUAAAUCAUUUCACAUUAGUCUUACCUAGUAAGGUACUGAGAUCAAAAAUAUUCUUGAUCAAAUCUUACAAGUUUAUGUGGCACAAAAUCCUAUAAAUGUGAUUUUGUUUUUUGAUAAUUUAAAGAAACAAAUAGUAGGCUAAAAACAUUUUAAAGUCAACUUUGGAAAUUUAGAAGUCCUUCAGAACACAACUGAGUUUUAGUAGUAACUUGAACUGUAAUCGGUUAUCCUCAGUUGGACAGGAGAAGGGUUUACUCUCCCUUUCUCUUUUGACUGGUGUACUUAUUUUCUUAAUGGCUAGGUGUCCAUAUACAUCUAGCACAGCUCUAAGGAGGAGCAGAAAGUGAGGUUUCCGUGUGGACUUCAGUAAGUCACAUCUCAUCUCUAGGCCUCGAUGCUCUUAUCUAUAAAUGAGUGAUUUCCCUAGAUGUCUUGUGGUCUCUUCUAGCCCAGACAUCCUGUAACAUCAUGAAAGAGCCUGCCCUCUAUUUCACCUGGUACACCCUGUACUUCUUACUAUUCCCUGGAGCAUGGGGCUUUCAGAAAGGACACUUGAUGGGAGUAGACAUUUCUAACUAGGGGCAGGAGGGCUGUGUGGCUCACCAGGUCCUGUGCCCAAAAUGCCAGUUAUGCAAGUUGCCAGGUGGAAGACCAUUCCAGGAGUGGAAUUCUUCCUCAGACUCUUUACCCAGUUCUUCCCACCAGGGGAAGUAUUUCCUUCUUUCCUACUCUUCCCAAACCGAAGGGACUGCUCUGGGAAGGAUGUUCCCUACCACUCCUCAACUGACAAUAGAGUUUUCAAAAAUAAAACAAAGACUAGCAACUAGCAAGGGUGCUUGUGGUCAUACUAUGGAACACUAAAGAGCUAGGAAAGAAUGGAGCAUGGUUGACAUGAUAAAGAAAGGGUUUUAAAACCCCCAGAGUAUAGGUCUUUUUUAAGGAAGAAUAAAAAAGAAGAGAUUCGUUUUCAAUUUUUUUUUUAGCUGAAACACUUUUCUCUUGAGUUCAAAGUCAUUCCCCAACAAAGUCUGCAUACCAAAAUAUAAGAUCAUAUAUAUGUUAAAGAAGUCAAAUGAAUGAGCUCUCUCUAAUAGGGGUCCAUGAAUAGGAUGGGUGGUCUCUUAUUUGAAUUUUUUUUUUUUACUUCAAUCAAAAGUAUUUAAAAUGAAAGAAACAAGAUAUGCCUUUGUGUUGGAAUCCCACAUAUCAAAUCAUUCACAACAUCCAGCUGGAGUGGGGUUUGCUUUUGUUUUGUUUGUGUCCGUAAGAGAAAUGGUAGAAGAUAAAUCAGUAUGAAGACAAUGCCAAUAAGGUUGCAAGAAAAAAAAAAUCAGGGGCAUUAGUUGCAGGUGAGGCAGCUCCCAAGUUUAGAGGAGAUUAAUUUUCAUCCCCUACAGAAUAGCCGGUCAAAGACGCUGAGUGGGAGCUGUCAGAGAGUACAAGCUGUGUCUGAGUUUUUGACUGAAAAUGGUGAAGAAUGGACUUAAUUGUGCUAACAGACUGAGUUCUAGACAUACCGCCUCUGAUAUACAAUUAGAGAGAUUUUUAUAUAGAUCCCCAGCAUAUGUGUGUAUCAAAGUUAACGUUAGGUUGUGGUGGAAUAACCAUUUAAUGUGGAGACUCUAUUUGGGAAAUACACAACAAAAGUUAAUGUACAUGGCUGUCAUCUUAUGACACUAGUAGAGCAAAAAUUAAUCACGUCAACUUAAUUCUGUUACACAGUGUGCGUGUGUGUGUUUUUUCUUUUAUACUAACCAUUUCUUAUGGAAAGCAGAUCCCCUAGAGUGAACCUCUUGCCAGCCUAUCACAGGUUCUGCAUACAUAUAUGCACCCAGUGUGGACUGGGAAGCAUUACUUUGUAGAUGUAUUUUCAAUAAAGAAGAAAAAUAGUUUUACAUGAA